UUUACAUUGGAUUUUAAUUAUUAUUCUAAUCAAACCAAACCAAAUUUAGAUUUGCUUAUGUGGUCAUCCAUGACACAAGGGGGCGCUGUAGACUGGAGCUCCACUCGAUGUGGUUUCCGUCCCUCCCAGUUCCGCGGAGGAAUCCUGUGUGUAAACAGGAGCUCGGUGUAGUUGGUGUUGGUGGAGUCGGUGGAUGAAGCGCUCCUGUGGGCUUCUUGAGCAGGGUUCUGGAGCUGGUGGAGACGCGCCUGGAGGUUGACCUUCACCCGGAACUGGUGCCGAACAGGGCAACAUACGGGUACUGCGGUUAAUCCUAGUCGUUCACGUCACAGCCGCCGGAGUUCGCAGUUAGCCAGGCUAAUCCCCGCCUCAAACUCCUGUAAUCCUUCACCUCAGGAUUAUCAUCAUCAUCAUCAUCAUCAUCUACUGCGCGCUCUUUUCCUUCACCAGAUCACUUCAUCCGGAAUAUUAAAUACUCGGGUGUUUUUUUUUUUGUUUUGUGAAAUACGUGUACAAUGUGAGUGUUUGAUUGCUAGUUUACAAGCCGAUGCUAUUUUAGUGGGUUAGCUAGCAUCGUGUGUGGGAUUAUUAGCGACAUGGAGAUUCACAGAGGCGCCACUCGUGUUUGCUAACUGGAAAACUCCGGAGACAUGUCACGUGACAUGUGCAGGUAGCUAGCCAGCAUCGUGGCCUUCACUCUGAGGGUGUGUUCCUGAGCAGAACAUUAGAAUAAUACUAUUAAUAAUAACAAUAAUAAAGUCAGUGCAGGGAGUCAUCUGAGGGACACGUCGUUCUGUGUGUGUGUGUGUGUGUGUGUGUGUGUGUGUGUGUGUGUGUGAGCAGCUGUACUGUCCCCCCAUGACCCACCGUGGCAGUUCUGCUCAUCCAGCUGUGCCACCCGAAUAACAAUGUCAGACAACCAAGGCAACCAGAACAACAACAAUGCGCCCCUGAACAACAACAACGGCCCGGGGAACCGACUGAGGAACCCAAAUGUCAACCAGAACCCGCUGAUCAAUGUGCGGGACCGACUCUUCCAUGCACUCUUCUUCAAGAUGGCGGUCACGUACGCCAGGCUCUUCCCUCCAUCUUUCCGGCGGGUUUUCGAGUUCUUCGUGCUUCUGAAGGCCUUGUUUGUGCUCUUCAUUCUAGCCUACAUCCACAUCGCAUUCUCUCGUUCCCCCAUUAACUGCUUGGAGCACGUACGUGAGAAAUGGCCACGUGACGGCAUCCUGCGCGUGGAGAUUCAGCGAAACUCCAGUCGCGCGCCCAUUUUCCUGCAGUUCUACGAGACAGAAGGCUUCCAGGGUCUUGUGAAGGAGCUGGACGGGGACAAGGAGGAGUCUGGUCAAGUUCCUGUUCAUCAAGAGGAGGAGGAAGAAGAGGAGAUGACUGUGGACAUGUUCGACAACAGCUCUGUGAGGUUCGAGCUGGACAUUGAACCGCGACUGAAGCCUCUGGUGAGGGAUGGUGCCUCGAGCUCGGGCUCCAACGACACUCAGGACCUCUCCUUCAGUCAGGCGCCCUCUAAAGGUAUGCAGCCGCUGAAGGAGAGUGUCUCCGAGAUUGAGAUGCUUACGAGAGCAGUGUGGCCUCAGGAGGAAUACAUCGUGGAGUACUCUCUGGAGUACGGUUUUCUGCGGCUGUCUCAAACCACACGACAGCGCCUCAACAUUCCCGUCAUGGUGGUAACCCUGGACCCAGUAAAGGACCAGUGCUUUGGAGACGGUUUUAGCCGCUUCCUCCUGGACGAGUUCCUCGGCUAUGACGACAUACUCAUGUCCAGCGUUAAGGCUUUAGCGGAAAACGAGGAGAAUAAAGGGUUCCUGAGGAACGUGGUGUCUGGAGAACACUACCGUUUCGUUAGCAUGUGGAUGGCGCGUACCUCCUACCUGGCUGCCUUUGUAAUCAUGGUGAUAUUUACCUUGUCCGUGUCCAUGCUGCUCCGCUAUUCCCAUCACCAGAUCUUUGUUUUCAUAGUGGACCUCCUGCAGAUGUUAGAGAUGAACAUGACCAUUGCAUUCCCAGCUGCUCCUCUUCUCACUGUGAUCCUGGCACUUGUGGGAAUGGAAGCUAUCAUGUCUGAGUUUUUCAAUGACACAACUACAGCCUUCUACAUCAUCCUCAUCGUGUGGCUGGCGGAUCAGUACGACGCCAUCUGCUGCCACACCAACACCAGUAAGCGCCACUGGCUCAGGUUCUUCUAUCUGUACCAUUUUGCGUUCUAUGCGUACCAUUACCGCUUUAACGGACAGUAUAGCAGCCUGGCACUCGUUACUUCUUGGCUCUUCAUUCAGCACUCCAUGAUCUACUUUUUCCAUCACUACGAGCUGCCAGCCAUCCUGCAGCAGAUCCGCAUCCAGGAGAUGCUCCUACAGAACCAGCAGGCUGCUCAGGGCAACCAGACCGCGCUGCAGGACAACCUGAACAACAACACCACCAAUGCAGCACAUCCUGGCAGACCAAGCGGAGCCGGCGUGGGCACCGUCAACGGCCAGUCAGCCCUGACCCCACCUCAGGCCGAAGCUCCUAACGGCCUGCCCGGUCCUGCGCCCAGCGAUCAGGACUGGAUGUCCGAGACGGCAGCCAUCAUCACAGACGCCAUCAUCACGGAGGCGCUGACGGCCCCACUGCUGGACGCGACGGCGCCAACCGCAGGCGUCACGCAGAGUGCAGGAGAGAAUGGAGAAGGGAGCGAUAGAUCAGAAGAAGCCCAGGAUGACAGAGGGAACGAUGAGGCAGGAGCGACUCCUCACAUCACGGACUGCACAGAGGCAGAGGUGGACAAAACAGACACGCCUCGAUGGAACGCCAAACAGGAGAGCGAGAGUCAAGCUGAGGCUGCCACGCCCGGUCCUGACUCCACCCCUUCCUGAGCUCAACCAAUCAUUUUGCCUUUUUACCUCUUUAACUAGCAGAGCUUUUCACCUUAAAUGCAUCCGUCAAGGAGGGAAGAAGAGCACCAACAGCGAUGGAGCGCAAUGUAAUCACCGCCCCACACACACACACACACACACACACACACCCAUGCAGAAAAGGGGUAAAUGUUUUCUUUUGUACUCAGACGCUUCUUGAAUUAUUUGGAGACAUGACGAUGUGAUCAUCCGGAGAGCAAUUGUGUGUUUUUUUUUGUUUUUGUUUUUUCUUUAAGAUGAUUAAUGAUUGGUUUCUUUAAACACUGGGUGUGUUAGUGUACAGUGUGUAUAAUAAUAAUACUGAUCUGAUCUGAUCUGACGGCGUGCCGGGACUCGUUCAGAACUCGGUGUCGAUCCGCGUUACCUUUACUGUAUGCGUUUAAAUCAAACCAAAUAGCGAUUGAUCUUUUCGAGCAGGAUGAAUCUUGUGAAGGUUUUAAUGCGGUAGAAGAUGACCCAGUGUGACGCUGAAACCAAGAUCUCACCCGGAUGUAGUUUACCUUGUGAAAGUAUAGUCUUAGUCCAUGAUGCCUUGAAAAUGUGUUGUGUUUUAAGGAAUUUUUUUUUUUUGGGAAGACUACAUUUCAGUGUCAAGGAUCGUUGAAUUCCUUUCUCAAGGAAAAGUUCCAGUUUUUGGAACGGAUUGUUGUUGAUCUUUACAAUUAAUGCACUAAUCUCGUUAGAAGCUUGUAAAGUCCGCUUUUUGCUCAAUUCCAGGAAGAUUUAUAAAGGUGCCCUGAUGAAUCGUUUCAGAUUAAAGAGCAACGUCUUGUAAUUCGUCUCCGUAGUUCCUCUAUAUUUAGGGUUACACAGAUUUUAUUAAGGCUGCAGCUUUGGACCUUCAGUUCAGGAUGUUUCACCUGCAGACGCGUUGGUCUCGUCCUUUUGCGUAUCGUAACACCUGAUUGGUACGCUCGAUCGUUUUUGUUGCUCUUUGCUUGUGUGUGUGUGUUACUGCAUUAUAAAAAAUCAACCCUUCAAAUGGGUUCAUUUUCCCCCAAAACCCGUAUCACAUAAGAUCUACUUUCUCCUCGACAUUGUAACUUCCAUGGAAUGUAGGAGUAUAGAAAUAUUUUUGAUAGUCCACAGUAAAGGUUAACAGGAAGCCAAGCGCAGUAGAAUAUUAUUAUUAUUAUUUAAUGCCGUAUGUCACGAUGCUAGAACCCGUCCGGAACCAGCCUCGUCAGAGAUCAGCGAAUAUUUUUAUGUGCAAAUGGAUCAAAAAUCUUUUUUUUUUUUUUUUUUUUUUGAAGAGGAGUGAAACAGAAUCUAGAGGGUUGUACGCUUUAUAGAUGGCGCCGCAGGACAGAUUAACUCAAUUAACAGGAUCUCGCUUUUACAAGUCGAGUUAAUUGCGAACUUUAUUCCGUCAAAUAGAUGAAGACGAACACGUCGCCGAUCGUCUCUACUCUUUGCACGAGAGAAGACCGGAAGAAACGUUUUUUGUCUGCCAGGGGUUUUCAUUCAAAGGCUAUGCAACAAAUGAUAAGGUGAACGUCGGUGGCCUCGGGGAUGUCGGUUUUUAUCCAAAAAACGUGUGCAAUAAUUCAAGUCAGGUUUAAGAGAUUUUCAGCACGAAUGUUUCCGCAAAUGAGCUUUUACGAUCGAUUUACUUUUCUUCUCUUUUUUUUCUCUGCCUAUUUGCCGUUCUGUGUCAGAAUGCAGGAUGAUGAGUUUCUAUCCAUUCAUCAUACACGAUGAAAAAUCCACGGUUCUGUGAUGAACUCUAUUUGCUCUUUCAUUCAGUUGUAUUUAAAUGUAAAAAAAAAAGAAAUGCAUAAACAGACAAAAAGGAUUUUCCACUC